AUGAACCAAUGGAAUCAAUUAUCGUCAAGAUUAAAACAUAUGGUUCAAAAUAAAAUUCAUUCACACGGAAGAGGUCCAGUUAAUAUAUUAACCAGACAACCAGUUGAGGGACAUAGUCGUGAAGGAGGAUUAAGAUUUGGUGAAAUGGAACGAUAUUGUAUGAUUUCUCACGGAACAGCCUUAUUUUUGUUCUCUAAUAGCAAGGACGCUAAUGCUCUGUUCUCUAUUACUGAGUGUUUAAUGGCCCUAUACGGACUAACGAUGGAAAGACCAAAAUAUGAGGAACAAGAAUACUACUCAGGAUCAUCUUACGCGUUGGUGGAAAACAAGACGAUUGGGAAGCAUGGAUUAGGUUUCAAUGCGUUUUUUUCAUUUUACGAUGUUCCGAGUUUCAUUAGCGGAGAUUCUAUUGCGUUUUUGGAUCCUCAAGAGAAAUUCUUGAGACAACGUGGAAUAAUAGGCCUUUUUCCAACAAAUGGCAUUGAGAGGCUUUCUGAAAAGGACCAUUUGGCCCCUUUUGAAGGCAUCGAGGGCAUCAAUUAUCGUUCGAAUUUUGAGGAAACACUCUUUCGAAUCCCAUUUCAAAGGGAAGCAAGUAAAAUAUCCGACAGAACUUUCUCGAUAACUGAGAUUCUUGAAUUGUUCUUCAAUCUUAAAUCAACUAUCCUCUUCCAACUAUUAAACAAAAAUUGGAUUUUCGCUAUUGGUGCUCAACAAGAUCCUGAAGAUUCUCAAUUACAACAAUACGCGCAACGAUUUCGAUUACGCGUAUUAGAUGGCGUUGCAAGACCACUUGAAAAUUCGAAGGCAAGAUUGAAAUCGGAUUAUGAGCUAGAAUCAUUAGUUCACUUAUUUCCUAUUUGUCCAGUAUAUUCGAAUUCAAAUUCGGAGAUGCUUUUAAAACCGCUUCGUUCGGAUAUUUAUUGCCAAUUUCCGUUUGUUGGUAUCAAACAAGAAGAUGUUGAAUUCCCUAGAGCAUCCAAUGCCUCUUACGUUCGCUUCCUAAAUAGCGUACUUAAUUAUGAUGAUUUCGUUCAAGGAAGCGCUAUUUUUCCAAUUCAAAUGCGAGGAUUUUAA